AUGCUGCGGCGUUUGAAAGCACAAGUCAGCCAAGUGGCAAAUGACUUGCCUGGAGUGCUUUCACCUGGGGGCGGUCGUGAUUCUCGUGAUGGAACUCCAUUUUUCCCGAAUUCUGAUUCUACCAGUCAGAACGACGAUGACGAAAUCGAAGGGUUUCUCUGCCCUAUAUGUAUGAGCACGUUCAAUUCUCCUGAACUGUUAUCGGGACACUUCGAGGAGGCUCAUAACAAAGAGAACUCUUUGAUACCGAAUCCCAAUUUUGAAAACUCGUUGCCGCCUCUUUCUCCAGGAACCAAUUCAACUGCGUCGUUUCCUACUAAAGAUAAAGAAAUAGAAAUAGAGCGACAUUGCGUCCUGCAAGAGGAGCUAGACCGCAUUCAAUCUGUUGUUGCCCAAGCAACAGAUGUUCCACAGGGAGAAGUGCCAUAUCUGAUGCAACAAAAUUCAGUGACUCAGCGCAUGCUCGAAUUUGAGAAGGAAAAUGGGCAGUUGAAAAGGUUCGCGGAGAACGGCCAGCAGGAAAGGGCCGAAAUUAUGGCUAAAUUGAAACAGCUAAGUGGGCAAAUUCGAACGUUGACAGAUGAAAACGAAGGCAAUAAGGUUGAAAAGGAAGUCUUGAAGAAGGAGUUGGCCGAGUACAGGUCCGACAAGGAGAAAAUGGAGAAGGAAAUGGAUAUCCUCAACAAGGCAUUAGAUCAAAGACCGAGCGAGGAUGACGUCGCUGUGUUGCGAACUGAAUUGGUCCAUGCUCAAAAGUUGAUGGAUGAAAUAUCUCAGCAAAAAGACGUUGAGAUUAGCGAGCACCUCAACUCGAUUCGAAUGCUGAACAUGGAGAGGGAAAAGCAACGAUGCGUGAUGGAGAAUCUACAGAAACAACUUGACGAUACAGGCUCUCAUUCAAAAGAGUCGUCCGAGAUCAUCCGUUCGCUUACUUCUGAGCUUGAGGACACUCGGCAACUUCUAAUCACAUGUCAGAAAGAUUUGGAAGAUGCUAAAAGUGACUCGUCUCAAAAAGGCAAACGAGUCGAAGAACUUCACGGAAAGGUUGAGGCAAACCUCGCCGAGCUCGCUUCGUGUCGUGAGAAAAUAGCUCAGUUAGAAGAAACUGUGCGCGUCAGCGCGCGUGAGAUUGAUGAUUCUCAUGCAAUGAAUGAGAGCAACCUCAAAAAACUGACGCAGUUGAGCGACAAGUUGGAGCAGGUGAUAGAAGAGAAGAACGCUACGAAGCAGAAGUGUCCAAAUUCGAGGAGAAAAACGAUGUGCAGUCGAACAGCAUCAGAAUUGGAGCUAUCAAAUAUGGAUCUUACUAACGAGCUGUCUUCCCUUGGAUCACUUCUUGAGCACGAAAGGCAAACUCGAUUAUCACUUCCCAAAGAUCAAGAACUGUUCUCGUUGCGUGAAGAACUGGAACGAGCACAUAUUGAAACUGAGAAGCUGAAAAGUCAAAACGAAUCCAGAGCGGCUGAAUCCGAAUCGUUGGCAAAGCAGUUGCUAGGCCUUGCAGGAAAUACGAAAGAAUUGAUGGAUCGGAAGGAUAGCCUCUUGGCAAAAGCCAAUGAGCAGGAGAAGCUGUUCCGUGAAGAAAGAAAAAGUGCAGCUGAUAAGCUGAAGAAGGUUGAACAUCAGAAGGAAACUCUUGAACGACGUCUAAGGGAAGCUGAGGACGAUGUCAAUCGGAAGGCGGAACGAUUUGUCGAGAUGGAGAAGGAAAUUGAAGACGAUCGACGGACAGCAAAUGAGAGAAUAAAUAAGCUGAAAGAAAUUGUCCGUUUGAAAGAAGCGAGCGUGUUAGAGGCACGU